AUGGCGGCGGCGGCGGUGGCGGAGGUGCCCGAGGUCCUUCAGGAAUGCGGUUGCAAGGGCAUCCGAACCUGCCUGAUCUGCGAGCGGCAGCGCGGUGGUGACCCGCCCUGGCAGCUCCCUCCGCAAAACCCCGACCGCUUCAUUUACUGUCCCCUGACCGGCUGGGCGCUGGGCGCCGAGGAGUCCGACUUCGAAUGCUGGGCCUUCCCCUUCCCCGGAGUCAUGCUGAUAGAAGACUUCGUGACCCCGGAAGAAGAGGCCGAGUUGGUGCGUCUGAUGGACCGUGACCCCUGGAAGCUGUCGCAGUCGGGACGGAGGAAGCAGGACUAUGGCCCCAAAGUCAACUUCCGGAAGCGGAAGCUGAAGGCCGCCGGUUUCCGAGGCCUGCCCGGCUGCAGCCUGGAGUUGGUGCAGAGAAUGGCCCUCUACCCCGGCCUGGAGGACUUCCGGCCUGUGGAGCAGUGUAACCUGGACUACUGCCCCGAGUGGGGCUCGGCCAUUGACCCCCACCUGGAUGAUGCCUGGCUGUGGGGGGAGCGGCUGGUCAGCCUCAACUUACUCUCCCCCACCGUGCUCUCCAUGACCUACGAGGCACCUGGCAGCCUGCUGCUCUGCCCGGCGCCCCCGGGCGCCCUGGAGCCCCUGGUGGAUGGCUUGGCCGCCUUCAGCAGGUCCGCCCUGUGCCAGGACGUGGAGGUGGCCGUCGCCCUGCCCCGCCGCUCCCUGCUGGUGCUCUCUGGCCCAGCGCGCUAUCAGUGGCAGCAUGCCAUCCACCGGCGACACAUCACGGCGCGCCGCGUCUGCACCACCUUCAGGGAGCUGUCGGCCGAGUUCCGCCCCGGAGGGCGGCAGCAGGCGCUGGGCCAGGAGCUCCUGAGGAUCGCCCUCUCCUUCCAGGGCAGGCCCACGUGAGCCUCCUGCCCAGCACCACUUGCCAGGACUCGGGG